AUGGCUGCCCUGAGCCUCAUCCUUGAAGAGCGAAAGCGGCAAAGUGGCCAGGCCCAAAGGGAAUCGUUUUCCUCAAAGGUUCGCUUGGUGGCAGACCCUACGACUUCCGUGGCUGACUUGGCCAAAGUUUUCCGGCAGUACUUGGAGCACCACAAAAGCGAGGAUCUCUGGGCACUCAUAUGCCCGCCGCCCUCUGGGCCACAUUCGUACUCGUGGCAGACGUCUCCCCAGCCUCAGUGGCUGGCCAAAACGGCUGGCCUCUUGUACGACCUCUUGGCACUUGCCCCGAAUUCGAAGCUUGCCUCGAAGAAAGUGCUGUCGAGCUUGGACCUCUUGUGCAAGAACAAGGUUCUGUGGUUGCCACCUAACAGGCAACCCCAGGCGACCAUGGACAGGCUUGACACAACAGUGAGAAUCCUCUUGGCCAUGUUGAGGUCCCUGAAGAUGAGCGAGGAGUUGAGAUCGAAGUGCUGGCGACUCUUGGGGAGGGAAGAGCAGGUCAUGCUUGAAAUCGCGCUCGACAAGCUCCAGCUGCCUCCUGGGUACUGCCCUGAGAGCCAGAUCAAAGGCGGGGAGGAGGACAGUGGUCAGGAAAUCCAGGCGGCGCCAAUGCCAGGUGACCUCGUCAUUUUCAGCCCAUGA